AUGGCUGCAGCACCUCGUGAAGGUACAGUGUGGUUCUUGAAAGAAAGUCUCAAGAGCCCAGGCUACGAUGGCUCGAAGCCGGAAGACUUCUAUUCGUGGAUGCUUCUCGAAGUCGUUUACAACGCGACAGAAGACGAAGCAUACAUGUGGCCCCCGCCAUUAAAGUACGGCGGUCACCCAAGAACCGGACAACAAGUCUUUGAGGGGGGCCUUGCCAGCACAGGGUACGGCCGCUAUGAAUUUAUGACCGCAAUGUACGGCCCUAGCGCCGAGGACAUCAAACGCACAUAUCGCCUCAAAUGCAAUAUCAGUCGUGGUCAGCUGUGGCGUCAAACAGGCUCUGCCGCUGUUUGCUACGUCGCAGUUCCCCGCCCAACUACUCAGGAACGCUUCUUCUGGGUCGAUCUGACAUACCCUAUCAGGGCCAUCUACAUUCCCUGCGCGUUCAAUGCUCAUCCUCGGCACAAGGGACAUGCAAUUUUCUCGCGUGUCGAUGUCCGUGGUCAAAAGGGGAUACCAAAAUCAUAUGUUCUCAAAAAUUAUCGCUGGAAUUCGAUCUCCCAAGUCAAUAAAGCUAUCGAGGACUGGAACAAAGUAAGGAAUCACAACUGGGCCUGGGGUAAGCAAAUGAACCAACUCGUUGCAAUAAACAAUAGAUUAUGGGAUCUGGCCAAAGAAGCUGGAAACGAAGGUCCUCCAAUACCGGAGCCUGGACUCACACCUGGCUUUGUCAAGGCUGAUGGAAAGGCGCCAAGUCAGGUUUUUGCUAAGGUCAGCUAUGCCAAAGACACAGUGGCAGAUGACACAACGGGAUUGGGGAUGCGGCCUCAAUGGACACUUCGAAUUGAUGUUUUCAAAUUGGCAUGCCAGCUUUUGGUUCCAGAAGAUAAUCGUACCGAAGAGUGGCAGGAUAUAUAUGCUUGCUUUGCCUUGUUCGACAGACGUUGUGUCCAUGAAUCAAAAGUUAUCGCGGAUAUUGACAUGGCUCAAUCCAUCGAUUGGGCCGCUGCACAGGGGAAAGAGGCUGGCCUUAAGAUACAAUACGUUAAGGAAGAGCCGGAAGAUAAGUUUAUCAAGGAUCUUUUCGUUGGCUUUGUUGCCGUGGGACUGGGAUUCAUCCCCGUCAUUGGACCUCUUGUUGCGUUUGGCUUCACUGUCACGUACGAGCUAUUGGAAGAUUCGGAAAAGUUCACAAAGGCCGCAGGGAUUGGCGGCAAAGGACCGGCUUUUACACAGGCGUGUGUUGAUUCUCGUGAGGGAUUGAAACCUAUGUUCAAAGCGGGUGUCAAGGCUAUAUUCAAGGGGCACUUGCAAGCGGCUCCUCAAAAAAGCAUUCAAGUCGAUACUGGCGAAGAGAAAAUCGAGGAUGGCGAUGAAGAAGAUAAAUUCCAUCUUUUCAUUGAAGCAGGAGAAGCAGAAGUGUUUCGAGCUCGUGGAAAUUUUGUUGCUUAG